AUGGCAGGUUAUGCUAACGUUGGACCUGAGCAGGUCCUUAAAAGGCUCAAGGAGGAAACAGGUGGGAGAUCCGCCCUUGGAUCAAGUAUGGAAGCAACCAUGCCAAACUUGAGAAUGAAUUCAGUAUUAGCUUUUGUCAGCCUCAUUCUUUUCAUAUAUCAAACUCACUCCAACACUUGUAUUACCUACGCAUCCUAUCCCAGAAAUGAAACAGAUAGGGCAGCAUUGCUUGCCUUCAAGGACAAGAUGAUUGAAGAUCCUCUAGGGAUCAUGAGUUCCUGGAAUGAGUCCGUUAGUCAUUGCAACUGGUCAGGAGUUUAUUGCAGUCGUCGCCACGUAGGAAGAGUCACUGCCCUCGACUUGAUGAAUCAAAAGCUCAUUGGCACAAUACCUCCCAAUAUAGGAAAUCUCACCUUCUUAAGAGUAAUUGAUCUGAGUGCAAAUCGACUUCGAGGCAACAUUCCAGAAGAAUUCGGGAAGUUGUUUAGAUUGACAUGGCUAGGCCUCUUCAACAAUGAACUCGGAGGGGAGAUACCACGGAAUUUGUCAUCUUGCAUAGGAAGCAUCCCUCGAGAAAUCGAGAAGUUGAAUGGCUUACAGAUCUUGGUGUUAUACAACAACAGCAUCAGCGGUGAGAUUCCCGAUGGCAUUGGUAAGCUCCAAAAUUUAACCUAUCUUUACCUAUGGGGUAAUAAGAUUUCAGGGGCAAUUCCUUCCUCUCUUGGAAACGUCUCCCAAUUGCUUCGCUUGUACCUUCAAUAUAAUCAACUAGAAGGUGACAUUCCCCCAAGUCUUGGACGGUGUCGACAAUUGCAAGCAUUGUGGUUAUCCAAUAACAACUUUAACGGUACAAUACCGAAAGAGGUCAUCGGCCUUUCUUCUCUAUCCCUCUAUUUUGGAGUUGCUGGAAAUUCCUUAAUGGGGCCAUUACCUCUUGAAGUGGGAAAUAUGAGCCAAAUUGUGCAAGUCGACCUUUCUGACAAUAGGCUGACUGGAGAAAUACCAAGCACUUUGUCCCAGUGCCUUAUGCUAGUAAGCUUGGGCAUGGCAGGCAAUUUUUUUGAAGGAAGUAUACCACAUUCUCUAAGGACCUUGAUUGGCCUUCUAUACCUCAAUCUCUCAAGAAACAAAUUGUCCGGUCAAAUUCCCAUAUAUUUUGAGAAUUUCACUGUGCUUGAAGCCUUGGAUCUAUCCUUUAACGGUCUUGAAGGAGAGGUGCCACAGGAGGGGAUUUUCAAAGAUACAAAGCGCAUAUCAAUAAUGGGAAACGAGGAAUUAUGUGGGGGCAUCAAGGAACUUGGACUUCCCGCAUGCAAAGUCAGCAACAUGAAGAAGCGGAGAAAGAUUCCAAAAUUGAAAAUAUCUAUUGCGAUAACUAUCUUGUUUUUAAUCAUGUUGACAUGCUUCAUUGUUAUUCUAUACUGGAGGAGGAAAUCUACAACAAGACCUAGCAUGGCAUUGCCAACUGAUGAGUGCUUCCUAAAGGUUUCCUAUGCAAAGCUCCGUCAAGCAACUAAUGAGUUCUCACCAUCUAAUUUGAUUGGCCAAGGGAGCCACGGCUUUGUGUAUCAAGGAAUCCUAGAUGGAAAUCGAUUGGUGGCAGUGAAAGUGCUCAACCUAAGUCAAAAGGGGGCUUUUAAGAGCUUCUUGGUAGAAUGUGAAGCGUUGAGAAGUAUACGCCACCGAAAUCUUGUCAACAUCAUCACUGUUUGCUCGAGCAUCGAUUUCACAGGCGCAGAAUUUAAGGCUCUAGUCUAUGACUUGAUGCAAAAUGGUAGCCUAGAACGGUGGUUGCACCCUAGUGAAAAUUCGCUUGACAUGCCGAAGCUCAAUCUCAACCAGAGGUUAGACAUUGCCAUUGAUGUGGCUUCUGCCAUUGAAUAUCUUCACCACCAUUGCCAAACAAGCAUCAUACAUGGCGACCUAAAGCCAAGCAACGUUCUUCUUGAUCAUGACAUGGUAGCUCGAGUGUGUGAUUUCGGGCUAGCACGAUUUCUUCGUGGAAGCACAAGCCAAGAUGCUUCUCAAUGUCAAGCAAGCUCUAGCUUGUUAAAAGGAACCAUUGGCUAUGUAGCUCCAGAAUAUGGCCUUGGCAGUGCUUCAUCGUUGCAAGGAGAUGUGUAUAGCUUUGGGAUACUAUUGCUCGAGAUGUUCACCGGAAUAAGACCUACUGAUGUUAUGUUCAAGGAUGGAUGGACCCUCCACGAAUUCGUCAAGACAACUCAACGCGGGAGCUUGGUAAAGAUCUUAGACCCUAAACUGGUAUCCAUAGAGUAUCCUGCAGGGAUCGAUGAUAGCCAAAUUAGUGAUGUCGACAUGGUAAGAUUUGAGGAAAACAUUGCCGACAUAAUGAGAAUCGGAGUUAGCUGCUCGACAAAACUUCCAAUUGAGCGCAUGGACAUGAUGAAUGCAUUAUCUGAAUUAUGUGUUGUUAAAAAGAAGUUUUUCAAGCAUGGCAUGUAA